GGCACUAUGGAUUCAACACCUCUCAAACACAUGCAUCAGUCUGGUGGUCAAAACGGUCAUAGUACUACAAAACCCUAUUGCUGUGCAGGAAUGUGGGAGUUUUAUUGCGCAGGAAUGGAGAAGAGGUAUUUAAAGUGACUUAUCGCAGGUUCAGCGAUACAGCAUGAGUCUAUUGAAGAUCCCCUUCCUCGUGGCUUCGGCCAUUGGUAUGCAUAUCUCGCUCACUUCUCCCUCUCUACCCCCGUCGCCUCAAGAGAAGAUGGUGCCAUCGGCGUCCGAAUCAUUCAUGCAAAGCAUGAGUCUAGAUCGUUGGCUGCUAGACUUAUUCAAGAUUAUCGCAUGGGCAGCAUCAUCUAUUGAAGUGGCUAACAUACUGGCCGUGCAUAUGGGUACUUCGCAAAUUCCAGAUGCUGUCUAUGGCGCUAGCGCUCUGCAGUUUUUGCGCGCACUUCACUCCACGCCAAUCACUCCCGCUUUCCUUGUUGGUAGUCUCUCUGUCACGGUUGGUGGCAUAUUCAGGCGUUAUUGCAUGUCAACCUUGGGAAAGUUCUGGAGCUUCCCGCUUAGCGUCAGAAAGGAGCAUAGAAUCGUGACAAGCGGGCCCUACUCUAUCGUCCGCCACCCAAGCUACACUAGCUACUUUCUACAAUACGUCGGGAUUGUCAUUACGCACGGGAGCGAAUGGUCGUGGAUGAGGCAGUCUGGAAUUCUACAACUGCCUUACAUGAAAGCAUCAGUAGCGAUUGUCCUCCUUGUGCUUACGGCAGGCGUUGCGGUCAGCAUCAACCGAUCUUCAGUGGAGGACAAGAUGCUGCAGCGUGCUCUGGGAGAGGAUUGGGAGGAUUGGGCCAAGAAAGUGAGAUAUAAAUUGAUUCCUGGGAUUUAUUGAUGGUAUACGUCCUGAGCGCCUUGAUCGUAAUUACUUUGUUUGGUGGAUGACGAUGUCGAUUGUACGCUAUAUGUCAUGUAGUGUGCUGCCAUCAGCCAUCGAUAUUGCAUGUUGAGAUUAGUGUUGUUGGCAGAAUGCUGCCAUUCUGCCGGUGGCAAUUGCCAAGCGGCAAUUGCUGGCAGUAGGUCAAGGGUGGUUGGCAGAAGUCGGCAGAAAUACGAUGACCUAGUAUUUGUUCCUACUAAAAACAAUAAAAAUUUGACAUGUGGCCUAGAAGCCCAA